AUGAAUUUUUUAAUUUUAUCAUCAGAUGUAAAUGAACCAUUUAUUAUACCAAAUGUAUCACCAGUAUCAUCACCAAAAUUAAUUGCAAGUAAAGAAAUUGAUAAUACUUCUUCAAUAAUUACAAAACCAAUAAUAAGUAAUACAACUAGUCUAACACCUUUAGUUCAUAUUGAAGAUGAUGACGAAAAUGAAGAAAAUAAUAAUUUAAUAUCAAUGAGAAAAUUAUCAGAUUUUGAAUUAAAUUAG